CUAUUUUUUAUUCCACUAGUGAUUUUGGUCAGUAAGGAACUUUGGAUAAACUAAUGCGAAUAGGUGUAAACCUUGCUGCUUGAAAGCACCCUUUGCUUCCACUUUUUGGAAAGUUUAGGAGCUCUAGGGCAAGAACCAGAGGCCUUAUAGACAGUAUUGGUUGGGUUUCAUCCAUUGAUGGUUUUGUGAGUUUUAGAGUUCUAAAGCCUAUAAGUAAGGCUUAUUGCUCUAAGAGAAAAAUUCAUAAAGCGAUACUAACUUUCAUUUCUGAUAUUCCUGAUGACGACUAAAGUGGAAUUAUGAAACCUUCUUAUCUUCUUACACAGAUUAUAAUGCUGACUAAAAAAUUCCUCCCUCCCUCCCUAUCUUCCUGACUGUCUCUCGUUUUCCUUCUCUUUGUCUCUCUCUCUCACUUACCAUGCUGGAAUGUACAAGUCCCUUUGUGCUCUUUGAAAAAAAUUGGAAUUUCAUUUAGUUAUAGUUUGUGACCCCAGUGCCAAGGUCUUUUUUGGCAGUGGUGGAUCUAUUUAGGGCCUUUGGUUUUUUUGGGGGGUAGGGGGGAGGUGGUUGUGGCCCCCUUCCCCCUUCUCCCUUCCCCCCUCCCUCUACAAUAAAACUGUUGUUUUUUGACCUUGGCAGAAAAUGUCUGUGGCUCCUCCACUGUUUUUGUUCGUGAAAGUCAACUUUGACAUUUACAAAUAAAACAAAAUAUGGGCCUGUGAAGUUGAUAUUUCAUGUUAAUAAUGAAAAUUUUUAUGCACAUCCUAAUUGUUGGCCAACUGGGAAGAUGCUUGGUAUUUUGCCCUUAGUCAUGUGGGAGUUACUGAAUGCAAAAAUAUACUUUGAUGUUUCUAUGAAUUGCAACUUUGUCUUGAACUAAAUUUGGCAGGCUAUCAGAGUUCUCCUUUGAGGAUGCCACUUGUUGAUAGUGCGAUUCUGUGACAGAUGGACUUAGUUGUUGGAGCAGAUUCAGUUGAUAAAAGUGUCUUGUGCGACUGUUUGUCAGAAGUGUGGUGACAGAGGCUACUAUGAGGCUCUGACUUACUGUACCAAAUGUCAUACAUCUGCUGAGCACCGCUACUGCUUAGAUAAACUGCCAGAAAAGCUCGAUGAAGUGGUGACGGAUUGGAUGUGUGAAGGCUGUGCACCUAGGAUUUCAAAAGAAUCUCCUCUCAGUACACCUAGUUCUGUUCCGGCCAGGACAGGUGACCGUUUGAGGUUAAAAAAAAUUGUGCAAGUAUCUCAUUGUAGAACAAGAUUGAGCUAUAAAAAUGAGAUACCUGGCUCUGUGACUAAGACCGUGGUGCAGAGACGUGAACAUUUAAGAAGUGCUCAAGCAACAGAAUGUAGAAGUAGAUUGAAGGAAAAAAAGAGCAAACCUAGCUUAGUGACUAAAGCAGAAGUGCAGAGUUCAGAACAUAGCCUCUCACAUCAACCUUGCGAUGCACCUUGCAGUAAGAUUCAUGAAAAAGAUCAGACACUUGGAAAGCAUGGCCAGUCAGUAUCAGAUGAUGCAGGCAACUUCAUUGAAGAGGCUGAAUUUGUUAAAACCAAUGCCUCUGAAAUAACUACAGGUGAACCAUCAAAUAUGCUGGAAAUUAUUUGUUUUGAAAGUGAACAACCUAUGGUUGAUACCAAUCUCAGUGAGACUUAUGAGAAAUAUCAGGAGCUUGGAAAACAGAGGAAAUUGGUACAUGAAGAUCAGGGAAACACCAGGGAGGAGGCUGAACCUGCUAAAGACACGGUUUCUGAAUUAGCUAUUAUUGGUCCAUCAAAUACCCCAGAACUUGAUCCAUCUAACGUCCCAGAAUUCAGUUGUUUUGUCCAUGCACAACCAGUCGUUGAUCCAAUAUGGAGAGGAAGUUUUAGCAUCUGCAAUGAAAACUUUGAUUCUGUUAAUGGACUUGCAGCUCAUUUGUCUAGCAAAGCAUGCUUAAAAGUGUGCCAGCAGGCAAGUUUGUUACCAGCAUUGCUUUGCCCAACAAUGCUUCCUAAGUUUGAUGUGUGGCCUAAAAGUUUCCAGAUCUCACAGCCAAGUGAUGACAAUAUUGCGCUUUAUUUUUUUCCAGAAAAUGAGAGAGAUGAAAAAGUUUUUGAUCGCCUGGUGCUUGACAUGGUAAGCCACGAGCUAGCCAUGCAAACUGUGGUUGAAAAUGCAGAACUCUUGGUUUUUGCUUCUACUGAACUGCCACUUCGACACUGGAGAUUUCAUGGGAAGUUGUAUCUAUGGGGUGUGUUUAGGGGAAAGCAAGUUUCCUCGACCUCCUGUCAAGUGGAUGACCGGCACUUGAUACCAAAUAGCAGCAAGGAGAGUGUUACAUCUUCAAACUUAGCAAAUGAUGCAGGGAUCAGAAAGGAGAAAGACACUUCAAUGGUCACCACCUGGGAUUCUCGGAGUCCUCUAAGUCCCUUAAGCAACAGUGGUAGUCAUGGGUCUGGCUCACUGUGAUCUUGUCACUCAACAUUUUUUAUUUUCGUAUCCCUUUUGAAUUUUGGUCAGAAUUUGUAUCUUCUUGCCCAUUCUUUAGAUGUAGCCUGACAAGACUGAGAAAUCAGGUGAACAAGAAGCUGACACAGAAAGGCUGACAAUUGAGGGGGAAAAAAAUGGAACUGCAGAAGCUUCCCCUGGGAUCUUUCAUCUUGAAGAAUCAUCAAACAGAUCGAUCCAUGCCCACAAUGUACAUUGUUUUGAUACACCAAAGCAGCCACUCUGAAGCCAAAGAUACUUUGUGUUGCAACAAAUGUGGAAGAAAUGGUAGCCCUGGCCAGAGAACUAGUGACUGCCAUCCUGAAUGGCAUGUCCUUGUCCUUGUCCUCCCUUCUCUGCAGGGGGAUGAAAGUGGGAAACCUUGUCUGCAGAGGGAUGAAAGUGGGAAAAAAAGAGCGGUUGUUGUAUCGUUCGUUAAUCCUACAGUUUUCACAGGAGGCACAGCCGUGUAGAAUUUUACUUUUAUAUUCAAUUCCAUUUUUUUUAAAA